AUGCCAUGCGGGGUGGAGACAGACGAGCAGGGCUGCCUGACCGCGUGGUGGCACAUGGUCGCGUGGAACCUGAGAUCUUUCCCAUACUCCUGUUCAACACCCAGAAGAAAAACUUCCACUCUGUGUACCAGUUUGAUUUUUUUCAACCUUUUCAAAGCACCAUUUCUUGUGGAUUUAAAGAAACCAGAGUUAAAGAUUCCUCACGCAGUGAACUUCUACAUCAAAGGUGAACCUAGGGUGAUUCUGGGUAUCUGACGCACAGUUCCUAGCUGCCGGGGAGAGGGUGUUAAGGGGAAGGGCCGUAGCUGGUAUGAAGCAGCUCUCCAUGACCCAAUUAUUGUUUAUCUUCAUGGCAGUGCAGAGCACAGGACUACUCCUCAUAUACUUGAGCUAGUAAAGGUGCUGAGUGAUGGUGGUUUUCAUGUCUCGUCUGUUGACUCUAGAGGGUUUGGGGACUCGACGGGUAAGCCCACCGAGGACGGGCUGACUUCGGAUGCUAUUUGUGUCUAUGAGUGGACCAAGGCAAGAAGUGGUACCACCCCCCUGUGUCUCUGGGACCACUCUCUGGGAACAGGAGUUACAACAAAUGCUGCAAAAGUUCUAGAAGAGGAAGGAUUCCCAGUUGAUACUGUUAUCCUGGAAGCUCUAUUUACCAACAUACGGGUUGCAAGUAUCAAUUAUCCCUUGUUAAAGAUUUACUGGAAACUUCCAGGAUUUUUAAGCAUGCUUAUGGAUGCCCUGAGGAAAGACGAACUAGUCUCCCUCAAUGAUGAAAAUGUUAAAUUCCUGUCUUCUCCCCUUCUUAUCAUACACAGUGAGGAUGACAGAAUGGUGCCUUUGGAAUUUGGAAAAAAGCUCUAUGAAAUUUCACACAAUGUGUAUAGGAACAAAGAGAGGGUGAAGGUGGUGAUCUUUCCUCCUGGCUUCCAAAACAACUUCCUUUGUGAAAGCUCCACACUGUUAAAAACCAUGAGAGAUUUCCUGAGCCAGCAGUGGGCAUGA